AUGUCUAUCGCAAAACUUUGUAGCAUACGUUCGCAGUGGUUCCCGCCGACUCCCAGUUCCACAGAAGAGGAUUUGUCCUCACAGGAGGGCAAAGUGUUCAUCGUGACUGGUGGAAACGCCGGUGUUGGAUAUGAGCUCUGCAAGAUUUUGUAUGCAACUGGUGCGUUAAUAUACAUGGCAUCACGAUCAAAAGAAAAAGCCGAAUCUGCGAUUGAAUCGAUAGUUUCUCUCACGCCAGCUCCUAACACUUCCGGGAAACUCAAGUUCCUUCACCUCGAUCUGAAUGACCUUGAGUCUGUGAAACAAGCGGCCAACAGCUUUUCUAAAGAAGAAUCAAAACUCGAUAUUCUCUGGAAUAAUGCGGGGACUGGGGCCAAUAUGGUUGAGCCUGGGGCCAAAACCGCCCAAGGCCUCGACGCUAUGAUUGGGAUGCACUGCGUAGCAACACUACUCUUUACGGAGCUUCUCGUGUCGCAGCUUCAAGCAUCUACAAGAUCCGAAAAUCCAGGAUCAACUCGGGUGGUUUGGACAUCCAGCUAUCUAGCCGAGGGCGCCUCACCCAUUAACGGGAUUUCGUUCGAACAUCUUCAAAAUGGUAUCUCCGACCGUACCACCAACUACGCCGCAUCGAAAGCAGGAACGUGGAUUCUGGGCCGUGAAUUUGCGAACAGACACGGGAACAAAGGAAUUCUGAGUGUCAUCCAAAAUCCCGGAAAUCUGAAGGCGGGCUCAUAUGCAGGUACGCCUGCGCUUGCCAUGUGGCUCAUCAAUCCUUUGCUCCAUCCGCCUAAAUUCGGGGCUUAUACCCAACUAUAUGCUGGCCUAUCCCCCGAAGUCUCUUUGGAUCACAACGGUGCAUACGUCAUUCCUUGGGGAAGAAUUCGACCCGAUAACGAUUGCCCCCGACAAGAUAUCAUAAAAGCCAUGACAUCGACUGAACAGGGAGGAUUAGGCUAUGGCAAACUGUUUUGGGAUUGGUGUGAGGAGCAAUGCAAACUAUUUAUCUUAUAG